UUAUUCACCGAAAAAUUCCAAUAUGUCUAUCACAUCUUCAGUCCCAACUCUCCAUACAUAAAAGCAUCACAAUACUGUAAGGGAGCUUUUCAUGUCUUCACUAAAUUAACUUGUUUCUUCUCCAAAAACAAACAAUGAUUACUCAAGCUUUACUUGUUAAAAUCACAACCCUAAUCCACUUUUCAAUCCUUUUCCAAUCAACCCCAAUCUUUGCAAAUUGUACAUGUGAACCCCAAGACAAAGAUCAUCAAAAAACCAAACAUGAAGCCUUAGCCUACAAACUAGUAGCCAUUGCUUCAAUACUUUGUGCAAGUGCACUUGGAGUUACCAUCCCAAUUCUCUUAAACAAGUUCAAAUAUUUGCAAAUUAAUGAUUAUUCAUCCCUUAAUUUCUUGAUCAAAGCUUUCGCGGCGGGUGUGAUUCUUGCCACUGGAUUCAUUCACAUUCUACCUGAUGCAUUUCAGAGCUUGACAAACCCUUGCCUUAAUAAUAGUGAAGUAUUUGGGAGUUUUCCAUUUGCUGGUUUUGUUUCAAUGAUGUCUGCUAUUUUUACUUUGAUGAUGGAGUCUUUUGCAACUGGUUAUCAUAGAAGAGUUGAGCUUAGAAAAGCUCAGCCACUCAAUAUUGAAGAAAAUGAUGGUCCUCAAAUUUUGUUAGAAAGAACAAAUUCUUCUACUCUUAUACGGCACAGGUUAAUAUCACAGGUUUUGGAGCUGGGAAUUUUGGUUCAUUCUGUGAUUAUUGGCAUUUCGCUUGGAACUACAGAAAAUCCCAAAACAAUCAAACCUCUAAUAAUAGCUUUGAGUUUUCAUCAAUUUUUUGAAGGCAUGGGACUUGGUGGCUGCAUUUCCCAGGCGAAGUACAGGGCAAGAACAAUAGCAAUAAUGGUAUUGUUCUUCACUCUUACAACUCCAAGUGGAAUAGGUAUUGGAAUGAUGAUAUCAAAAGGUUACAAUGAGCAAAGCUCAUCAGCAUUGAUUGUGCAAGGGGUUCUUAAUUCAGCAUCAGCUGGUAUUCUAAUUUACAUGGCACUUGUGGAUCUUCUUGCAAAAGAUUUCAUGCACCCUAAUUUACACUCUAAUUUCAAGCUCCAAAUUAUUGCCAAUGUAUCACUUGUUUUGGGAGCUUCUUCUAUGUCACUAUUGGCAAAAUGGGGUGGGACAUAAUGACAUUCUAUGCAAAUUUAGCUAAAUUAUGUAUAGUUUUUUGUUUCACAAGAAAUUGACCUUUGAUUAUUUACACCAAAGUUAUUACGUCAUGCCAGUUCCUUGAACUCUA